AGAGGGUUAUACUUUUAGCUUUCCCCACCCUGCAAGGCCACUCAACCAUGUGCUAGCUGGAGUAAUCUUUACUCACAAUGUCUUUACAAAAGCUCAGGAAACAGAGCAGCAAUGGCAAUUUCAUGGAGUACUGUGCUGGUCCAGGGCAUAGCUCUUACUCCACACUCACAGGCAGUUUCACUAUGGAUGAUGAUAAGAGAAGGCUUCAAAUGCUGGCAGAUACUGUGGCUACUUUGCCUCGGGGAAGAAAGCAGCUUGCUCUGACAAGAUCAAGUUCUGUAGGUGACUUUUCCUGGUCUCAAAGAAAGCUUGUUACUGUGGAAAAACAAGAUAAUGGAACAUUUGGAUUUGAAAUUCAGACUUACAGGCUCCCAAACCAGAACACCUGCUCCACAGAUAUGUGCACCCUGAUCUGCAAAAUCCAGGAGGACAGCCCAGCACACUGUGCUGGCCUGCAAGCGGGUGAUGUCCUUGCAAAAAUCAAUGGUGUGAGCACAGAAGGCUUUACCCACAAACAAGUUGUUGACCUGAUCAGAUCGUCAGGAAACCUGUUAAUGAUAGAGACUCUUAAUGGAACAAUGAUUCUCAAAAGAACAGAGCUUGAGGCAAAGCUGCAAGUUUUAAAGCAAACCUUGAAGAAGAAAUGGGUGGAGUUCAGAUCUCUGCAGUUACAGGAACAGCGCCUGCUUCAUGGUGAUGCAACUAACUGCCCAAGUUUGGAAAAUAUGGACAUAGAUGAAUUCACACUGCUUGGACCCCUGCCUGGCCCCACCCUCCUGGACCGGAAUCGAUUAUCCAGUGCAAGCAGUUGUAAGAGCUGGCUGAGCUCCAUGACGAUAGACAGUGAGGAUGGGUACCAGACCAGUGUGUCUGAAGACUCAAGUCGGGAGGCCUUCAGCCGCCAGACAAGCACAGAUGAUGAGUGCUUUGUCCCCAGGGAAGGAGAUGAUUUUCUGAAGAGGUCUUCUUCGAGGAGGAAUCGGAGCAUUAGUUCUGCCAGCAGUGGGUCCAUGUCUCCUUUGUGCGAAGGUAACUUCUCAGGCAUGUAUGGGACCCUGCCCAGGAAAAGCAGAAGGGGAAGUGUCCGGAAACAGCUGUUGAAAUUCAUCCCAGGCCUUCACCACGCUGUGGAAGAGGAAGAGAGUCGCUUUUAAUGGGUUGUCAUGCCCUUUCAUAUUAGCUUAUUUUGUAAAUAUCUUCAGAUUCCUUUAGAUCAACUCCACCCGUGGGAAAGUGCGGAUGGAUUGCAAAACUGACAUCUCAUUUCAUGGCAGUAGUGAACUUUAUUUAAGCUUUUGUACCACUGUGUAUGCUUUUGCAAUCGUUUUUAAACCAGAAUGGUUCAAGUUCUAAGCAGGCAGUAGGAAAAUUAAAUAAUAAUAAAUUACAAAAUAUAACAAAUUAACUCAAGUGCCUGCUCAUUUUAAUGCUGCCUAUGAAGGCAAGGGUAAUAUUUAUUUUCUAGAUUAGUCAUGUGAAAAGUUGGGAACUUUUUAGAAUCAAGUGUAAAUAAGAAUGUGACAGAAUGUAAUUAUUUGGAAUACCUUCUGUAGAUUAAUUGGUAGGUUACAAAACUUAUAUUUGCUUAAGCUCAGUAGACUAUGGGGAGGCUUAAUUAAUAGGCAGUUUUGAAUGUUUCUGUUCAAAUUUAUGAAAGAUUAGAAGCGAAGAUGAUCGUCAGCCCUUUUUUACAUCCACAGUGAUAAUAAAGCAGGAAGUAGAUUUAAUAGGAGGAUUUAAGGUUUAUAAAAUCCAUUGAAAGAUGUUUUCUAAGAUGGGUACUAAAGAAGACUAUAAUAAGGUCUUUUAUAUUGGUGGCCUAAACAAAAUGGAUGAGGAUGUCUGUCUUACCUGAUUCAACUUUUGCUCUUCCUAAACACUGAUGACAAGUCUUGAACUCUCAAGAUCCUAUAGCCUUGUGAUGUUUUUUGAACAAAUAUCUAAAAUUUGAAAAGUUAGAGUUAGGAAAAAGAUUUUCCUCCUGUGGAAUUUUCUUCACAUUGCUCCUCACUUUAUAUUUUCAUAGUAGUUCUUGCCGCAGCACUCUCUUGUCUAUUAGUUAUGUUGGUAUCACUUUACUCCUCACCUUUCAAUCACAGUUUUAUUCAAUGUCCAUUAAAGUUCAUGAUUUCUCUGUUCUGGUGAUACAGCUGCUCAUUACCUAUAUUCUAGGGUAGAUAUUCUGGACAAUGCAAUAUACAGACCCUACUGAUUGUGAAUGCUGUGUGUGCAUGUGUGUGUGUGUGUGUGUGUGUAUGUGUGAGAGAUAGAUGACUCUGAGUGCAACUGAUACACUUUAAUAAACUGAGUAAAGAGUGACUCAUUUUGAGAAAAAAAGAGAUGAGGGCAAGGAAGCUUGUAGGGUAAGAAAUGAAUGAUAAAAUAGGAAAAUAUUUCUAAUGGGACAUACUUUCUAUUAAUUCUUUGAAUUCAGGAGUAUCCAAUGGGCUCUGCAUAAGAAUCAUUCAUGUGAAGAGUAGAGAUUUCACGGGAACAACGGCAAUCUUGUCUGUCAUUUACUGAAGGCAUAAUAGGUGAAAGGUAUUGUCCAUGUGAUUCCAGAAAUAAACCUGUAAAGAGACAUUAGGCAUAUAGAUAAGGAAGCAGGUAUUCAGAGAAGCCCCCAUGGUCACUGGAAGGGCUAAUCUUGGGAGCCAGUUUUUCCCAGCUCAGCUUACCUGCUUAGUCUCUCUGGAUGUUGUCCACCUCUUUGCUGGUUCUGUGUAGUUACCACCACAGGACUACCAUUUGCCCCAACCCCAAUAUUUAAAAUGUACAAUUGUAGAUUGCAUGAAUAAGGAUAUUAUAAACAGGAGAAAAAACCCUCUUUGGUGAAUAUGAAGGGAAACAUAUAUAAGGUGACUCUUCUCAGGUCUACAAGCAAGUUUUCAGACAUAAGCACAUAACUUAUAAUAACUACAUGGUUAGCAAUACAUUUAUUUUCAACAGGGGCUUGCAAAUCAAUUGUGAUUUGACAGAUAUUGCUUAUUUCUCACCACAGACGAGAAUUGUCAUGUUAAAGAUCUGCUUACAUGAAUGUAGCAUUUUCUGUUUGUCCUCUUUCGCCAAGUGCAGGGGCAAAAAUACUACAUUUAUUUUAAGAAAGAUGAUUUUAAAGUAUUCUACGUGAACAAUGUUUUAAGAACUACCACAGUUCAUCUGGAAAAGCAGACAACAUGUCAUUUGCUUCUCUGUGGUUUUAAGUGUUAAAUAUAGUAUGAUACCAUCUUACAGUAAGCAUCAGCCCAAAAUGGUAGAGGGAAGAAGCCUGGCAUGUUGCACUGUCGCCUGUGAGAAGAAGCGUGAGAGUCGAGUUAGAUAUGUUCUGGAAAAAAAAGUUAAGCAUUUUUUAACCAAAGUACAGGAAGGAAGGGUAUCUCAUGUUUUGUGUGUUCACAAGUUGUAAGAAACCUGAUGUUGAGUGGAAAUGUGGGUAAAUUUCUCAUAGCAUAGUUUUUCAACCUGAGUCUGACCUCAGUGAGGCUUUAGAAGAUGUCAUUUCUCAAAUUUUCUGGUGCGCAAUGACCGCAGUGACUUACUUGGAUAUAAUUUACUGGGAAAAGAAAAGUGAAGAAUUUUUUCUUAACCCUAAAGUUGUCAAAUAUGUAAUAUUGGUGAAUUUGUUAAUUGAAAAUUUGUUAUGAAAAUUCAUUUUUCUAAUAUGGCUUUGAUUGAUAAAUCAAAUUUGAAUCAAACCUAUUAGGAAUCACUCUUGUCAUGUGACUAUAGGAACACCACCAUGUCAAACAGGUUGGAACUAUAUUUUUUUGAAAUGACUUUUAUUUAUCAUUUCUACUUUUUAAUGCUUUUCCAUCUUAGUGCAUGAUAUAAACAAUAUUAAAAAUCCUAGUCUGAAUUGAAGAUCACACUUGGAAACUGCUUGUGUAUACUAAUCAUAAAGUAUAAAUAUUUGUGGAUGUAUACAAUCUAAGCAUAGUAAAUAACACAUAACAACUAUACUAUACUUUGGAUCACGAAAUUAUUGGUGCUUUAUAUCCUAUUCCUUACAUAACUAUGAGCAAUAAAAUAAAAUUUUGACACCUUUCUGAAAUAAAGAAUGCUACUUUUCAAUGACA